UUCUCCCUCCCGCUGCUCCUCUCAACCUCCAAGCUAUUCCCCCUGUCCCGUACUAAAUGCCUCCUUUCUUCUCCUACACCACCCUCCCCUACCAGCUCACGGAAGGCCCUUACCCCAUGCGCGAGUUCUCGGAGUAUUUGGUGGAUCUAACUGACGUGGAGCCGCUGCCCUUCGCCGACGAAGACGUGUGGGAGUUGCACCGUGCGCUGUACAAGUCGGUGGCGCUGGGGAUGUUCUGGUUCUUCGUGGAUCACGAAGACCACGCUAUCGGGGAGCACUUCGUCGUUUACUACGUCAUCGCGCGGCCCAAGCCAGCGGAGAAGGAAGGGACGGUGGCGCUGCACCCCUUCGCCCAACUCCAAACAAUCGAUUCGGGAUUGUUGGAGCUCCUACAUCUUGAGCUCCUCUCCAUUGCACAAGUGAUCGCGAGCGAGGAGGAGGAGAUCCAACCACGAUUGCGGACGGUGACGGCCCCGCGGAGAACGUACAACGCGGUCGUCAUCCCGGAUUACAUUGCGCAGCGCGCGGAGAGAUUGGAGGACUUCCCGGAGGAAAGGCCGUUGCGUCCUCCCUCGUCGUAUCCUCGACCAGCGCCACCGAAGGGCCCCAAGAAGACGCCGAAGAGGAAGAGACGCCACCCGUCGCCAGGAGCGCAAGGCAGCAGGAUCGGCGGCGACAAGGAGGUGAUUCAGCCCGCGCGUACGCGGAUUCCUGACCCUGUGCCUGGGAGUGCGGCGACGCUCGUUAAGGAGACUAUCGUGCCAUCGCCGCCCAUUCCGCGUGUGCCCGAUCUCAAUCUUGAUGGAGCCGGGCCAUCAGCAGCAGCAGCAGCCGGAGGAGGAAGCCGAAUGGGAUUUCCGGAUCCCAUAUCCAGACCCCCUGUCCUCGCAGGACCUCUCCGGAACGCGGGAUCUUGCCCGUGUUCAUCACGUAACUCCGAUCGUCUCAUUUCGCUACCGACCUUCCCCAUCACAGAUGACGACAACGUCAACUGCGAUGCGGACGUACGGCGUGCGCUGAGGCGGACGGAGCAAGUGUGUUCGCAAGACCCGCCUCGGGCUUGUGAGAUAAGGGGGAACGGGUUUGUGUUGAUUGAUCGCUUUGAUUCCCUGACUCUAAUAUGAUUGCCUUAUACAGGUUUAACUGUGUUGCCUUGGUCGGCCGCUCACGCCGCAUGGCGACCGCAGUUUGAUUGUCG